GUCAUCAGCUGUUGUGUGUUGCGUGAGUGAAUGGCAAAAAUUAAGUGAAGAAACAUUUUCUUUUAUGUACAGCGUGAAAAAAUUAUAAUUUGUUAAUAUUACUGCAAUAAACGCCAUAUAGAUAGUGAACACGCGUAGCUGAAAAAAGCGAAAUGAUGCUGUUCAUGCUGCUGUUCAGUCGACAGGGCAAAUUGCGUCUACAGAAAUGGUACAUGGCCUAUCCAGACAAGACCAAAAAGAAGAUAACACGUGAGUUGGUCACCACGAUUCUGGCUCGCAAACCGAAGAUGUGUUCAUUUCUGGAGUGGAAGGAUUGCAAGAUUGUGUACAAGCGGUAUGCCAGUUUAUACUUCUGUUGCGCCAUCGAGCAAAAUGAUAAUGAGCUGCUGACUCUGGAGAUCAUCCAUCGCUAUGUGGAGCUGCUGGAUAAGUAUUUCGGCAGCGUCUGUGAGCUGGACAUUAUCUUCAACUUUGAGAAAGCCUAUUUCAUAUUGGAUGAGCUGCUGAUUGGCGGCGAGAUUCAGGAGACAUCGAAGAAGAAUGUACUUAAAGCCAUCGCGUCUCAGGAUCUGCUACAAGAGGACUUCAAUGAGUAUCUGAACUAAUCAGAAAAAAAAGAAUACAGUGUAAAAAGAUGAAGAAAAAAAAAAAGAUCAUUCGACAUAAUGUUGUAUAUUGAAACACAGAUCCUUCAACAAUUAUUUUUGCAAAGAGCACCAGAGCAGUUUUUUUAGGCCCGAUCGUGAAGGACUUCCUUUAGCACCCGAUAUUGGAUAUAUAUGAUAAAUGUAUUUAGGAUUCAUUCGUGUUUAACCCGAAAGUCGUUCGUAUCCAACCAAAAAAAAAAAAAAAAAAAAAAAAGCAAGCCGAGGCUGUAAAUAUUGCAAAAGCUUUUCCCGGGAGUAGUUUGUGAUCUCGCCCCCUCGCCCGUCCUGCUGCUGACCCGCCCCCGGCACGCCCAGCGAGCUUUUAAAACGCAUACAUGCAUACUUACACACCACACACACAUACAAAGCUGUGCCGUUCUUCUUCUUUUAACAACUUUAACACAACACACAUACAAAUCACAAAAGCUGUCUCACACAACAUACGUAACGUACACAAACACACACUUAUACAGCUGCUACUCACUUUUAUCUAUGUAUCUACUCUUCUUGUUCUUAUUGUUCUUAUUCUCUGUACUCCAGGACGAAGCUGUUGAGGGCACUUUAAGAGACAUUGGACUACUCUAAAAGAUAAAACAAUAAAAAGAAAGUUAAAUACGUAGAAUGUAGUUGAUAUUACACACACACACACACUUACACGCACACAUGCACGCCUACGCCAACACCAAUACACUCUCUUUAUCUAUCACAAACACACAAACACACGCACGCACAUGCAAUUGCCUAAACACGAACACACACACGCAUACAUAAGUAUUUUAGAGUAGAGCGCACUGUAUGUGCAUGUGUGUGUGCCUGUGGGUGUGUUAGAAAGUGAGUGCUGGAAUGGGCGUGCGUGUUUAGUUUAGCGCUACACAACACUUGAUAAGUGCAAUUAGUUCUGUCACACACAGUGAGGCUAAAACAAUCAAACAAAAGUAAACAAAAAAAAACUAAAAACUAAAUUAAAAACUCCAUCUGUAUGGCGCGGUAAUUUUUCCCCUCUUCAUCCUUAGACUUUCGCGUAAAGUUCAUGCAAAACGCUAAUUAAUUAAUACCCGACAUCAUUAUAAGUACUUAUCUCUUCUCAUGUGCGUUUAUUAAUUUAGAUACAUAAUUAGAACAAUCAUUCCAAGACCAUCAAAAAAGCAAUGAUGUUUAUUUUAAAGCAGUUGAAAUCUAGGGAAAGAAAAUGCAAUACUACAAUAUAGAAAAACAAAAAACAAGAAGAAAACAAAAUAUAAUAGAAAAAGUAAGCUUUAAUAUUUUGAAACAAAAAAAAACAUGCGGAUAAUAUACGUAUCGAAAAUGAAAUGUAAACCUUUUUUUAGGAGUAAAUAAUACAUAUUAAAAAUAACAAUACCAAUAGUUUAUAUACAAAAUAUAUAUAUAACUCUCUAUAUACAUAUGUGUGUUGUACAUUUUAGCCAAAUUCCUGUGUUUUGUAUUCAA